GGUGUCACCCUAGCUCGUGUUCACCAUGACUGGCGGGAAUGCAGGGCUGGGAGACCAGAGACAGGCCCUAAGCCCCACACAUCACAGGGCACUGGGGUGUGCUCAUUCUUUAGAGGAUCAAGAAAUCUCUACCUCUUUAAGAACAGCUCCUCCCUUUUCCAAUAACCCCUCCAGAAUCCGAGUCCAGUAGAGCAUUUAAAAUCACCCAGAAGACCAGACAGGACGUAGGCAUACAGAAGAAGACAGAAAAGGCAGCCAUGGGGAAGAAAGUGGCCAUCGUUGGAGCUGGCGUCAGCGGCCUGGCUGCCAUCAGGAGCUGUCUGGAGGAGGGGCUGGAGCCCACCUGCUUUGAGAGGAGCGAUGACGUGGGCGGGCUGUGGAAGUUCUCGGAACACAUGGAAGAGGGCAGGGCUAGCAUCUACCCGUCGGUCUUUGCAAACUCUUCCAAGGAGAUGAUGUGCUUCCCAGACUUUCCAUAUCCCGAGGACUUCCCCGUCUUCAUGCACAACAGCAAGAUCCAGGAGUACCUCAUGGCCUUCGCCAGAGAAAAGGACCUUUUAAGACACAUACAGUUCCAGACACUUGUCUCCAGUAUAAGUAAGCGUCCUGAUUUCUCAAUUACUGGCCAGUGGGAUGUCGAAACUGAAAAGAAUGGUAAAAAAGAGUCAUCUGUCUUCGAUGCCGUUAUGAUUUGUUCUGGACAUCAUGUGUACCCCAACCUACCGAAAGAGUCCUUUCCAGGUCUGAAGCAGUUUCGAGGCGAGUGCUUCCACAGCAGGGAAUACAAGGGGCCCGGCCCGUGGCGGGGGAAGCGCGUCCUGGUGAUCGGCCUGGGGAACUCAGGCUCUGACAUCGCCAUAGAACUCAGCCGCACAGCUGAAAAGGUCGUCAUCAGCUCCAGGAGCGGAUCCUGGGUGCUGAGCCGGGUCUGGGACGACGGCUACCCCUGGGACAUGGUGCUUAUCACCCGGUUUCAGACGUUGCUCAAGCACAGCUUGCCGACAGCCAUCUCCAACUGGUGGUACACGAAGCAGAUGAACUCCAAGUUCAAGCACGAGAACUACGGCCUGAGGCCCUUGAAUGGAACCCUGAGGAAAGAGCCUGUGUUCAAUGACGAUCUCCCCGCCCACAUCCUGUGUGGCACCGUGUCCGUCAAGCCUAAUGUGAAGAAGUUCACAGAGACCUCAGCCAUUUUCGAGGACGGGACGGUGUUUGAGGACAUCGACUGUGUCAUCUUCGCCACAGGCUAUAGUAAUGCCUACCCCUUCCUUGAGGACUCCAUCUUCAAGAGUAGAAACAACGAAGUCACCUUGUACAAAGGCAUCUUCCCCCCUCAGCUCGAGAAAUCCACCUUGGCUGUGAUUGGCCUUGUCCAGUCCCUGGGGGCUGCCAUCCCCACGACUGACCUGCAGGCCCGCUGGGCAAGCCGAGUAGUGAAGGGAACUUGCACUUUGCCUUCUGUGAAAGACAUGAUGAGUGACAUUGAUGAGAAAAUGGGGAAAAAGCUCAAAUGGUUUGGCCAAAGCGAGACCAUACAGACGGACUACAUCAUUUACAUGGAUGAACUGGCCUCCUUUAUUGGGGUGAAGCCCAGCAUCCCGUGGCUGUUCCUCACAGAUCCCAGAUUGGCCACAGAAGUUUUCUUCGGCCCCUGCAGCCCCUACCAAUUCAGGCUGGUGGGCCCAGGGAAGUGGCCAGGAGCCAGGAACGCCAUCCUGACCCAGUGGGACCGGACGCUGAAGCCCACGAGGACACGCACAGUGGGAGAGAUACAGAAGCCUCACGUGCCGGCUCAGCUCUUCAAGUUCCUGGCUCUUCCCGUUCUGCUUCUUGCUCUUUUCCUUGUGUGGAUCUAACCACCAUUCCCACCAGAGUCUCUGAAAGUUACUGACAAAACCCCAGUAGGAACUUUGCUGUUUAAAAUUAAGAUUUCACACAUCCUGUGUUCCUGUUCGGGAUCACUCGCAGCACCUGUGGACACUGGCCAUUGAGCCAGCGUGCUUCCUAAGCUUUCUUAAACAAUCCCUUUCAGAAUCACGUCACGGCCUAAACAGAUCAUUAGCCACUUCUCCUUUGGUUCCACUAACACUUCAUGAUCAGAAUGGGAUUCUUUGCAUCUCACCUAAAUCAUCUCCUGAAACACUUUUUUUUUUUUGGUGGUGCGGGGAACUGCAAAGCAAGCACUCUACCAACUGAGCUAUAUCCCCAGCCCCCUCCUGAAACAUUUUGACACAAUUCCUUUCCUUCUUUAAACAAUGCUUGAAAUAUACGGUUCACAUGGAAGCAAAGAACAAAUCAAGCAGAAUCAUAGUUAUCAUAGGUAUUGCCCGACCACCUCCAUCAUUUGCAGGACCUAGGGGUGGUCUGGGUAUUAUGUUCUAUUUUUAUUUCAUGCAACCAGCUCUGGACAAUACCUCCUGUUUCCUGGUCAAGAAAUAGCAGAGACCUGGCCAAUACAAUAUACUAAGUUACCACAAAGUAGCUCAUUUUAUUCACAUUCUCAACAAGGAAACAAACUCUCCAAAAUGUAGCAACAAAAUAAUAACAGCAAUUACAGUACCACAUACACCCUUUAGUUGAAAGGUUUUUUAAAAACUAUUUUGCCAAAACUGUAACCCAAGUAUAACACAACCCUUAUAAAUUGAACUUCUAGAUAACAUGAUAAUCCUAAGUUUUUAUUUUAAAAAGUGAAACUUGAUACAUUUUAUUAAAAAUUUGAUAAUUAUAAUCUUUAAAGUCUGAUACUAUAUACUGGAUAAAAUAGAUGGUCUACAUCACUGGUUGUCAAAGGGCUCCUCCUCCUCUUCUUCCUCUUGCUACUUCUGUCUUCUUUUUUCUCAUUUUUGCCUAUUUCCUUUCCCUUCUGCUUCAUCAGAGAUGAUGGAAGAGGAGAGUAUCCACUCCGGAGGACUCUUGGAUCUUCUGAGAUGUCCCAGAGGCACUCCCCAAACUGUCUCCCCACAAGUGAGCACCUUCCCCCAGAGGCCAAUACUUGACCAAAUUCAAUUUUACAAGUAAUCGAAUCAAGUCUCUGCUCAGACGUCAACUUCUUCAUCAUCCUAUUAGAAAUGAAAUGCCCUGUGACUCUCUAACCCCCGUCCUUUUGCUUCAUGGCAUCUGACAUGGCCUAUAUUUAUUUAUGAAUCAUCUGUGUAUCCUCAUUGGAAUGUAAACUCUGUAAGACCUUGAAUGUUUUCUCUGUCUCUGAAUCCCUGGUGCCUGGAACAGUACCUGGAAUCUAGUCUCCAGCCAAUAAAUCUCUGCUAGUCUUGCUGAAA